GGGAUGGCAGCCCCGUCCCAUCCUCGUCCCGGGGCAUCGCGGUGCCUCGGCUCCUUGCUGUGAUGCUGGCUGCCAAGCCCUGCUUUCGGCAGCUGCCAUAGGAUUAAGGUGAAGGGAUGCUCGGGGUCUGCACCCAAACAUCAGCCCCAGUGGAAGCUCAGAACAGAUGUGCCGCAGGGCUUGGCCCUCCCACAGCCACAUCCACCCCAGCUCUGUGGUUCUCAGGGCAACCUGGGGGAGCCUCACAGCGCUCAGCAACCGCAAGGGAAAAAGAGAAGGGAGAGAGAGAGAUGGAGAGGCAGGGAGAGCAGCAGCCCCCGACCCAGCGCCAGGCCUGCUGAGGGCUGUUUGGUGCACAGAGGCCCCCAGACCGUGUGCAUCCCUGUUUAUCAGCCCCCUUCCUGCACUUCUGGACCCCUCUGUAACCUCAGUGUCAGGUGUGGCUGAGCAGCCCGGGCUGUCCUGUGUGACAAGGUGCGCUCAGCCCGCUCCCGCCUGCUCUCCCACCCUGCUUCCCAUCUCUGCCCUGCGUCCUGGGGCCAAAUUGCUGCCACCCAUCCCUGCUCUGUGCUCCAGCAGCUGGCGGAGCUGCCGUGCACUGCUGCCGGGGAAUCGGGAGGGAGCUGCAUGGUGCACAGCUGCGGGGCCGGGCCAAUGCUGGACUCUGCCCCCCGGCUGCUCCUGGGUGUUCAGCUGCCCCCCGGCCGCAGCCAUGGAGCUGCCGAGCUUCUGCAGCCACCCGCUGUGGUCCGUGCUGGCCUUGCUGCUGGGGAUGCUGCUCUGGGCCACGAGGAGACGCGCCUGGGACCCACGCAGGUGUCCCACCGACCUGACCGGCAAGACGGUCAUCGUCACCGGAGCCAACAGCGGGAUCGGGAAGUGCGUGGCCAUGGACCUGGCCCGCAGGAACGCCCGCACCAUCCUGGCGUGCCGGAGCCGGGAGCGCGGCCAGGCGGCGGCGGAGGAGAUCCGGGCGGCCACCGGCAACCCCAACGUGGUGCUGCGCCUGCUGGAUAGCGGCUCGCUGGCCUCGGUGCGCGCCUUCGCCGCGGAGGUGCUGCGGGAGGAGAAGCGCCUGGACGUGCUGGUCAACAACGCCGGCCUCACCGGGCUGCCUUUCGCCCUCACGCCCGAGGGCUUGGAGCGGACCUUCGCCACCAACUACCUGGGCCCGUUCCUGCUCACCAACCUGCUGCUGGACCUGAUGAAGGCGUCGGCGCCCGCCCGCGUCGUCACCGUCUCGUCCUUCCGGCACAGCGCGGGCACCGCGGACGCGCGAUUCCUCACCGGGCGGGCGAGGCCCGGCGGCUUCGAUCCCGUCUACAACAGCACCAAACUGAUGAACAUCCUCUUCACCGCCGAGCUGGCGCAGCGCCUGCAGGGCACGGGGGUGACCGCCAACAGCCUGAACCCCGGCGUGGUGAGCACCGGCAUCAUGCGUAACUUCAGCUGGGUGGUGCGCGGCCUCUUCUUCCUCAUCAGACCCUUCAUUAAGUCGGCAGAGCAGGGGGCCGUCAGCACCAUUUACUGCGCCGUCUCGGAGGAAGUGUCGGGCAUCUCAGGGAAGUAUUUCGGCAGCGACUGCAGCCUCACGCUGCCCUCCGCAGCCGCCCGGGACGCCGGGCUGGCCCGCAAGCUUUGGGAGGAGUCGGAGCGGCUGACGGGGCUGAGCCCAUAGGCUGGGCGGCCCCGAGACCCCCGCCCGCUAGGAGCCGCGAUGGGGCAGAGACGGAGCGAGCGGCCGCGGCGUAAGCGCUUUAUUAAAGGCCUCGGUGUGAGCGCUACUCCCA